GUCUACCACCGCGCCCACCACCCGGCGCCUCAGCCUCUGCUCCCGGCUCAGCACCCGCCUGCGCUUGAACAGCUUCUUCUUCAGCUCCUGCGGAAGGACACAUGGGGGUCAGCGUGCCCUGCACGGCCACCCGGGAUCCCCACUCACCCCAUCGGGAGAGCGAGCGGCUCCGGGCAGCUGCGGGAGUCACGCUCGCGAGUCCCACACAGUCACCGUUCGCGGCCGGUUGAUCUUUCCUCCCGGAGCACCCAUACCGGCACCCGGCGGCUCACCCGCGAGCGCACUUCCGGCCCCGCCCUCCCGAUGGGCCCGCCCCCUGGCGCCGCGGGCCAAUCGCAGGCCGGGACCAGGAAACCGGCGUUUAUAUCGGAGCUCGGCGGGCGUCGCGUCCUUUCCCGGCGCGGCUGCGGCGUCUGGGGGCGCCGACCCAGGAACAAUUGCUGACGUGUUCCCACCUUUCUCGAUUUACUGUUGCAACGAAUAAAGGAUGUUUGCACCUUAAGGUCUGUCCGCGUUCUUUUUUCCGAGGCUGCGGAGUUUGCCCGACUCGAAGCGGUUUUUUUUUUCCUGGGGCUCGAAGUUGGCGAUUUUCCUCUGAUCUCAGGCCCCUUUUGGAGUGCUGGUCCAGGAUGGUCUGGCCACCCUUCUGGGGCCCUCGGAUGUCUGUGUUUCGCAGAGGGCUCCAAACGCCGGCCCUGAUGGCCGGAGUGCGCCGAGGCUUCACGGCAAGGGAAGGCUCCCUGGCCAGUAGUUGCCUGGCAGACCGCUGCCUCUGGGAUCGGCUUCACACCCGGCAGCAUUUGGGAACUGGCCCCACCUUCGAUUGGUUCUUUGGAUACGAGGAAGUCCAAGAGCUCCUACUUCCACUGCUGCAGGUGUCACAGGCUGCCUGUCCACUGCGGAUACUGGAUGUGGGCUGUGGGACAUCAAGCCUGUGCACAGGCCUCUAUACCAGGUCCCCCUACCCUGUAGAUGUGUUAGGCGUGGAUUUCUCUCCUGUUGCUGUGGCUCACAUGAACAGCCUCCUACGAGGUGGCCAAGGGCAAACACACUUAUUCCCUGGGCAUCCAGCCUCCCGUCUUAACUUUAUGCAGGCUGAUGCAAAGAAUUUGAGGUGUGUGGCUUCAUCUGGUACAUUCCAGCUACUGCUGGACAAGGGUACUUGGGAUGCUGUUGCCCGUGGUAGUCUGGCUGGAGCUUACCAGGUGCUAUCAGAAUGCCUGAGGGUCCUAAGCCCCCAGGGAACCCUGAUUCAGUUCUCAGAUGAGGACCCUGAUGUGCGACUGCCCUGUCUGGAGCAAAGAGUCCAUGGCUGGACUGUCACUGUUCAGGAGUUAGGUCCUUUCAAGGGCAUUACCUACUUUGCUUACUUGGUUAAGGGCUCUCAUUAAACACUAAACACAU